AUGGCGCGUCGUGUACGAUUCAAUCUAGUAUCCGACCAUAGUUCCGACAAUGAAACGUCCAAUUUUUUCACCGGCUAUGAUAAUUUCAGUCAAGAUCAAGACAUUGUUGCAUCGGACCAGCGUUAUGCCACUCAAUCCAGUGGCAACACUGAUGACUGGCCAGAUAUUAUUGAGUCCAAGGAUAACAUUACCAUCUCACACUCAAUUGUAGAUUAUGACAUGUUACAUGUUUUCACUGGCAAUGAAAAAGUUCCAGUUGAGACCGCAGAACCAUUCAGCUAUGACACGUCAUCCUCGCCAUCAGCCCAACAAGCCUCAUUCGAUUGCAACUAUGACAAUGACGAUGGCAUAUCCAUGUCACAAGCCCUCCCUGUGACUGCCAAUGCAUCUGCAAAACUGGUUGCUGAUACAUCCAGGCCCCCAAUGUGUAGGUCAGCUAUCAUUAUGCUUUUGUCAGUGCCCUUUGUCCAUUACAGUGAUGAGACUGGAUACCUGCAACAUGAUUUUUCACCCAGACAAUUGCCACAAACUUCAUUUUCUGACGAGGAUGACGUAUCUACCAAAAAAUAUCUUGCAGAAAUGAGUGAAGCAGACAAGGUAUUUCUGGGAUAUGGCCAUAUGUUAUCAGAAUCAACAUAUAGAAAAUUACUUGGUCUGUGCAAGCCACGGCCGGCUGCUGCCGAAAUUCACCCAGGCUGUGAUGAUGACGCAGUGCAAUCACAAGCCUCGUCCGAAAAUAGCACAUCUGUGAUCGCCGACUUCGGGCUGACAGUGACAAAUGAACCUAAUUCAAAGACAAACCAUCUUUACGGUCGCAUCUCUGUUGAUACACCAUCGCCUUGUGCUGUCGACCUCAUGUGCACAGGAGAAUCGGCUGACGAUGUGUUCAUGACUGAUCUGUACCUUGGGUAUGAGGAAGAUUACAUCGCAACCGCACCUCAAAACCCUCAAGUCUACCGGGCAGGUGUCGAGCAAUCCCCCCAGAUCCUAUUACCAGCCGAUCUUGACUUUGGUUAUGAGGGCGACUUCUUGCCAAUCACACCGUUAGAUCAUCCAGUACAUCCAACAGCAAUAGAGUCAUCACCUGAUGUUGAAUUGCCGGCUAAUCUUGACUUUGGGUACAAGGACAAGAUUUUCUCUAUGAAGUCAUCAGAUCAUGCCCUUCAUUCAACUGUUACGGAACCAUCACCUGACGUGGUGUCGCCGGCUGACCUUUGCUUGAGGCAUGAAAGUGAGGCCAUCCAAACCACGUCUUCAGAUGAGGCUCUCCCCACUACAUCUUCAAAUCGUUUAGUGCGGCUAAAUGACAUCAAGGCAUCUAUGGAUCCAUCGCUGCCGGCCGAUCUGUGCUUGGGGUAUGAGGACGAGGCUCUCCUGACCAUAGCUUCAAAUAGCACAAUCGGACCAACACUUAUAAAUCUGUCAGCCGGCAUCACAUUACCAGUUGAUCUGUGCUUGGGGUACGAGGAUGAGUCCAUCAUGAAUGAACCGUUGACACAAGCUGUACUUGCCAGUCAAGUUGAGAACUUAGGUGGCCGUGCAGCCCCACAUGUGUCCUGGAAAUCCCCCAGGAUGGCGGACGGCCUUCAAAACCACGAUCCCUUGUACGCUGAUGCUGCAGAGGCCAUCGCCCAUGUCAUAGAUCACUUGGAGGUCAAUGAUGACCAUGAAAUCAAUCAAAUUGCCAGAGAUCUCGUGUCUUCAGGUAUUGGGAAUUGCCAUGAACCCACGGCCGAAGAAAUGAUAUAUGUUAGACGUGUGGUGAAGGUUUCAUAUGCUGAGCGAAGAGAUAGGGUCACACGAGCAUGUAGAGAUCUGGUCAGGUUAUACAGAGUGCUUGAUUAUCAUCAUGGAAUGCUUGGCUCACUAGAUGAUUUAAUAUACAAUGUGCAGACAUUGGAGGAGGAACAGGAUUGUGACGAUGAGGAUUGA